AUGUUUGCGACCAAGGUUCUCCGUCAAGCUUCUGCUGCUGCUGCUCACGCUGAGCGCACUCCAUUGAUAAGGUUCAUGGGCAAGCGAUCAAUUCCUUCUUCGGUUGAUCACUCUGCACGACCACAUCCAGCAUCCCCAACCCACGAACUUCCAGCAGGAUUCGCUGAGGCUCAAAAGUCUUCCUCCUCUUCCUUCUCUUCCUACAGACAAAAUGCUCAACAACAUGGUCCACUUGGUCGCAGCGCCAGAAGUGACGGUACAAUCGGUUCUCUCUCCGGUAGAGCUUUAGGCUCCGUUGCUCCAACCAAGGGAGAAUACUUCGAUCGCAGUGAACUCCCUGCACGUUUCCGACGUACUUCAAUUGAUCUUGCCGAGAUUGAUGCCAUUGAGACUGGUGGUGCUACACUUGUUUGCUAG